CAACGAUCAGCUCGGGAGAACGACAUCUCACGCAAGAGAUCGAUCAGAGAGGCUCAACAAUCGCAGAUCUGCAAAUCAUCACGAUCAGAAAGGUGGAGUUCGCUCUACAAAAAUAUACACCACUAUUUUCUCAGAUCGCUUUGCGUCAUAACAACGUGAUGACAUCAGUCUACUGCUGUCUCGAAACUCACAUAUAUGUACCUUUACUCUAAGCACAUUUCCCUUCGCAUCUAAUCCCAUUCCACUUUCUACAUCUCAAAAACCCCAACUCACCUCCUUAAAUCAACCACACAUCACAAUGCCUCACUCCAAGACUCCCGGCGGUUCUGGCAUGUCCGAGAAGGAGGCCAAGAAGCAGGCUCAGACCCACGGUUCCGGUGCCCCCAACGCCCCCGGCCACACCGAGCUGAAGGCUCCCGGUGAGGCCCCCGUUGCCUCGGACUCUGGUGUCACCAACGUCGGUAUCGACAACGGCUCCAACCAGCCCGGAGAGAAGGGCAUCAAGGGUGUCCCCGUCUCCACCGAGACCACCACCAACGCCAACAUGAAGUAAACUGCUUCUUCGCAUAUUCAGUCUGCAUUGAGAGAAGGAACAAGCACUACAAGGAAUCCUGGAAAUGGAUGACUUGGUGAAGUCAAGGGCUGGACCCUUUCUGUACAAGAUAUGUUUACGAGGCCACGACCUUUCUACUGUAUUAUAGUCAUGCUAUGAAAACAAAAAGCACUGAGAAAAACAAUAUACCACUUGGUUGUUCCGGACUACCUUAUGCUUGUCGUUGAAUUGAAACUGCGAUACCGAGUACAAACUGAGGGACAUCGUGC